AUGCGACGGCCACUUCUCAACUGCAUUGUGCGACAUGCCCAGUCGGCUGCAUCGCGAGCGCACCACAAGGCGGCGGAAGCUGGGGGCCCGAAAUCGGCCUCAUUCAACCCAAGAUGGUUCGCCGAGCUCGGGCACCGAAUCAGUCAGUGUCUCGCUCGCCAGCCAAAGACCGACGAUGGUAAGCUGCUAAGAGAGCGACUCGAAUACAUCGACAAACAUUGGCUUGAGCUCUCCGCCGGCCGCGAGGGCUUCUUGACCAGCCACCGAUGGCGAGGGCUGGACAAGCAUACUGUUGUUUGGGGUGAAAUGGUGAGCGGCCAGCGCCAUGUCAACAACGUCAUCUACAAUCGAUACGCCGAGUCUGCACGAGUCAACUGGCUCUUGAGGUUUGCAGCCGCGGCCGAUCCAAAACACCGCCAACAGUGGAGCGAGCUCAUGACACCCAAGAGCGUGGGACUCAUCUUGCGAAGCAUCAAGACCGACUACAAGCUUCCAAUCACCUACCCGGACAGCGUGACGGUCUUGCACAAGCUUGCCAAGAAGCCACAUUACAACUCUGAUGCCAUCUUCUUGGAGGCAGUCAUCCUCUCCGAGCAGCACAGACGUCCGGCGGCUAGGUGCUUCGAGGACAUUGCCGUCUACGACUACCGAGCGGCCCGGAGAGCGCCGCUGCAGGACUUCAUGGUGGAUCGACUCCGCGAGAUAUACGACUUGCAAGAGAAGAGCAGAGAAGAGGUUGAAAGCGAGGUGGUGCAAUUAACCGAGCAGAUUCUGCAGAUAGAAGGUCGAGCUACGCAUGAUUCCGCGCAUUGA